AUGUUUUUGUCACAAGAUUUGGAUCAAUGCACUGCGAAAUGUGCCACUAUCGUUAUUUCUGGACCAGUCCACAUGUACAAAUUACCAGCACCCAUACUUUUAGUGAACACCGUUCGGGAAUUCCGCUGCCGGCAGUUGUUUGGUGAGAAUCCGCAGAUCAGGACAGAGUUUGCUGUUUUCACCUGCAAUUUUAAUUACAUUCAUUUCUGCAUCGGUAUUAUUCAGGAAGUGGCUGAUGCGAUGAAUGCCACAACAAGUAACUUGGGGAAUGAGCAAAUUGACGAUAACGGCGAUCUGCCCGAAGAAGACCCAAACCCUACACAAGAAAACUCUAACGGCGAUCUGCCCGAAGAUAAUAAGACAGAGAACAGUUAUAUAUGGGUGAGGUUUUCAUCAUUCCGUUGUGCACUUCGAAAGUGGACUUUCGUGACAUAUACGACCGCACACUUAGAAGCAGAUUUUUUCAUCACAGCAUAA